CCGUUUAAUUGUGGCGGCACGAAUUUUCAUAGUUGCGUUGCUCCAGCACGAAUUUUCAGACGUCAAACUCCAUCCCCUGGCUCGCUAUAAAUACCCCACGGAUGUGGGAUCCCAAGCACAACAGCUCAGAUCAAGCACCUGCAUUUGCAUAAGAGCUAGCAAGCAAGUUCAAGAAGCUAGCUAGCUUGUAUCAGAUCGAGACUCGAGAGGCCAGCUAUGGAGGUCGGCGCGCCGGGGAGCUCGCUGCACGGCGUCACGGGGCGCGAGCCGGCGUUCGCCUUCUCGACGUCUGCGGUGCCCGACGAUGUUGCAGCGAGCAAGUUCGACCUGCCGGUGGACUCGGAGCACAAGGCCAAGAGCAUCCGGCUCUUCUCCUUCGCCAACCCGCACAUGCGCACCUUCCAUCUCUCGUGGAUCUCCUUCUUCACCUGCUUCGUCUCCACCUUCGCCGCCGCGCCGCUCGUCCCCAUCAUCCGCGACAACCUCAACCUCACCAAGGCCGACAUCGGCAACGCCGGCGUGGCCUCCGUCUCGGGAUCCAUCUUCUCCCGUCUCGCCAUGGGCGCCAUCUGCGACCUCCUCGGCCCGCGCUACGGCUGCGCCUUCCUCAUCAUGCUCACGGCGCCCACCGUCUUCUGCAUGUCCCUCAUCGACGACGCAGCCGGCUACAUCGUCGUCAGGUUCUUGAUCGGCUUCUCUCUGGCCACGUUCGUGUCGUGCCAGUACUGGAUGAGCACCAUGUUCAAUAGCAAGAUCAUCGGGACGGUGAACGGGCUGGCGGCCGGGUGGGGGAACAUGGGCGGCGGCGCCACGCAGCUCCUCAUGCCGCUCGUCUACGACGUCAUCCGCAAGUGCGGCGCGACGCCCUUCACGGCGUGGCGCAUCGCCUACUUCGUGCCGGGGCUAAUGCACGUGGUGAUGGGCAUCCUGGUGCUCACGCUGGGGCAGGACCUCCCCGACGGCAACCUCAGGAGCCUCCAGAAGAAGGGCGACGCCAACAAGGACAAGUUCUCCAAGGUGCUCUGGUACGCCGUCACCAACUAUCGCACCUGGAUCUUCGUGCUGCUCUACGGCUACUGCAUGGGCGUGGAGCUGACCACCGACAACGUCAUCGCCGAGUACUACUACGACCACUUCGACCUAGACCUCCGCGUCGCCGGCAUCAUCGCCGCUUGCUUCGGAAUGGCCAACAUCGUGGCACGGCCCUUGGGCGGCAUCCUCUCCGACAUCGGCGCGCGCUACUGGGGCAUGCGCGCGCGCCUCUGGAACAUCUGGAUCCUCCAGACUGCUGGCGGCGCCUUCUGCCUCUGGCUCGGCCGCGCCAGCACGCUUCCUGCCUCCAUUACCGCCAUGGUGCUCUUCUCCUUCUGCGCCCAGGCCGCCUGCGGCGCCAUUUUCGGCGUCACCCCUUUCGUCACCCGCCGCUCCCUCGGCAUCAUGUCCGGGAUGACGGGGGCUGGCGGCAACUUCGGCGCGGGGCUCACGCAGCUGCUCUUCUUCACCUCGUCCAAGUACUCCACGGGCACGGGGCUGGAGUACAUGGGCAUCAUGAUCAUGGCGUGCACGCUGCCCGUGGUGUUCGUGCACUUCCCGCAGUGGGGAUCCAUGCUCCUCCCGCCCAGCGCCGACGCCGUCGAGGAGCACUACUACAGCUCGGAGUGGAGUGAGGAGGAGAAGAGCAAGGGGCUCCACAGCGCCAGCCUCAAGUUUUCAGAGAACUGCCGUUCAGAGCGCGGCAACCGCAACGUCAUCCUCGCGGCACCAAACAGCACGCCCGAGCACGUAUAAGACGCACGUAUAUGUCCGCAUUCGUACCCCUGUGCGCGUAUACGCAUACGCCAGCGGUUUGUUUAAUAAGGUGCGCAUAUAUAUAUAUGUAACUAGCUAUAAUGCGUAUCACCGUUAUGCGCACGCACACGAAAUAUAUAUAAUUCAAUGUUGACGUAUAUAUAUAUAUGCGCUUGCAUAUGCAU